AUGUCAUUGGAAUAAGAGAGAAAAGUUUGUUCAAAACAUUCUUUGGAGAUUACAACUGUUGAUUUAAAGUAAUCAACUGCAAAAGAAGAUAAAUACCUUUGUAUAAAAUGUCUAAUUGAGAAGAUUGAUAUUUAAAAUAUGGCUUUAGUAGAUGAAACUAAAAUAAUGAUUAAGGAAAUGAAAAAUGAAUAAUAAACACUUAAAAUACAGGAAAACUAAAAAAGAAUAGAAACAUUAAAAUAAAUAUAAUGUUAAAUUAAAGAAUUCAAAGUUUAAAUUGAAAAUGUUAUUGAGAAAAUAUUAAUUAAUAUUAAUUAAAAAAUAUCAAUAAUAGAAAAGGAUUUAGAAUAAAUAGAUUAAAAACCAAAAAUUUAUAAAUUUGAAGAUGAAGUAGAAAUAUUAUCAAAAAAUUAUAAAGGAAGUUUUAAUUAUGAGAUUCCAUAAGAAUUUGAUUAAUUAGAUGAUGAUAGUCGAUUCUAUAAUUCUAUUUAAUAAAUGUUUUAAUCAUUUACAAAUAAUUAAAUAUAUACUUAAAUUAUUGAUAUUUUAUAAUAGAAUUAAAAAAUUGAAAAAUCAAAAGAAAUAAAAGCAUCAAGAAUUUAAAAAGAUUUAGAUAAAUCAGUAAAUAUAAUUAUUUAAAUUAUAGAAAACACCUUGCCUUAAUAUAAAAUGUAAUAAACAUGGAAAAGAGAUUAUAAUGCUUAAUUUAGAAUCAAAUGAAAUUGAAACUUGUAGAUAAAUAUGUGUAGAUUGUAUUCAUAAUAAUGAUCCUAUUAAAUAUUCAUCAUUAUAAGAUGCAAAUCUUAAAUGGGAUGAAUUUAAAGGUAAAACUUAAGAUAAAAUUAAAACAUUUUAGAAUUAAAGAUUAAUUUAAUAAGAAAAAAUAAUUUAAAAUCUAAAAGAAAUAAAAGAUUAAUAUACUUUAAUAUUAAAUGAAAUGAUUGAUAAAUUGAAUAAUGAAUCAUAAUCUAUUCAAUUAUAAUAAUUUAAUUAAAUAAAUAAAAUAGAUAUUUAUGAAUUUAAUUAAUAAUAAUUAGAUGAACUUACAUUAAUACUAAGUAAACAAGAUAAAUUUAAAGUUUUACAAGAUUAAUAAUUUAAUAUUGAAAAAGAAGAUCAAAUUAAAUAUAAUUUAAUUAUUAAUAAUCUAAUCAGUUUAUUUGAAUUUGAAUUAUUAAAAAGAGAAGAUAUAUUAAAGAUUUCAAAACAUGAUUAAUCCAUUGUUAAUACAACUUAAAUUGAAGAUUCUAAAUUAAAGAAUGAAAUAAUAAGAAAAAUCUAAAAAUUUGAUAUAUAUAAUGAUAUUUUCAAUUAAACUUUGAAUUUAUAUAAGUCUAUUAUUUAAAAUAUUUAAGAUUUAUAGAUUUAUAGUAAAGAAUAAUAAUAAAAUGAUUAAUAUGAAGGUAUCAUUCAAAAAUUCAUUGAAGAUACUAAUUAAAUUAAAUAAUUCCUGCUAAUUGAUUAAUUAUAAGAUUAAUUAAAAAGUAAAUAGAUAGAAAUUGAUUCAUAUUCAUUUAAGAUUAAUUAAUUAUCAUAGAAUUAUGAUGAUAAAGUUAAAUAAAUUGAAAUAUUGGAAAAUCAAAAUUUAUCUGCUUAAAACAACUAAAAAAAAAUAUCAGAAGAAUGUAAUAAUUGUAAAUUAUUUAUAUAUUUUAGAUGUUUCUUAGAUUGAUAAUCUUAAUUAAUUAAUAAAAGAUAAGGAAAAUGAUAUUUAUAACUUAAAUAAAUAAUUAUAAUAUACUGAAGAUUCAUUUAAAUAGUAGAUAUUAGAUUAAUAUCCUUCAAAUUUAACAUUUUCAUAAUCAUUUAAACAUAAUAAUUGUUAAAUCUCAUAAAAUGGAAAGGUUGUUUUUGGAACUACUAAGAACAAAGGUUGGUGUUGUUGUAUUUGUGACCAAAUGAUACCAAAACUUGGAUCAGUUAAAAUGGCAUUUAAAAUAUUAGAUGGUUGUGAUGACAUCAUGGUAGGAAUAGGUUUUAAAGAUAUUAUAUAAAAGAGUAAUUAUUAAGACGCUUAUAGAAUUGGAAAAGGGUAACUAUUAUAUUAUAUAAUAGAACAUAUUAUAUAUAUCACGAUGGUAAAUGUUUCAAUCAUCAUUAAGAAGAUAAGAAUGAUUAACAUUUAUCAUUUAAAUUUGCCAAUAAUGAUAUCAUAAUAAUAGAAAUUGAUAUUUAGAAAAAUUUUAUUAAAUGGAUUAAGUAAUCAUCUAAUGAAUCACUCGUAAAUAUUAAAUUAUAUACUAAGACCUUUGACAUAGAAACAUCUUAAGAUCUAUAUCCAUGUGUGAAUUUAUAUAAUAAUUCUAAAGUAGAAAUAUUAAGUCAAUUCAACAAAUGA